AGACAACAGCUGUGUGCUGUCCACUCCACACUGGCACCAUGGAGCCAAAGGUGCCCCAGUUGCGGAGGAGAGAAGGGCUGAGAGAGGAGCCGGAGAAGGGAACCCGUGGAGAAGGGAACUCGACGACGCACAGAACCCCAGACUUGGUGCAAUGGACCCGACAUAUGGAGGCUGUGAAGACACAGUUUCUGGAGCAAGCACAGAGAGAGUUGGCAGAGCUGUUGGAUCGGGCCAUAUGGGAGGUUGUGCAAGCCAACCCCAAACAAGACAGACCUCUUCCCUCCACUGCCUCAGAUUCUACAAGCAAGACCCAAGAAUUACACCCUGGGAAACGGAAAGUUUUUGUCACCCGCAAGUCACUGCUCGAUGAGCUAAUGGAGGUGCAACAUUUCCGAACCAUCUACCACAUGUUCAUAGCAGGUCUAUGUGUCUUGAUCAUCAGUACCCUGGCCAUCGACUUCAUUGAUGAGGGCAGGUUGAUGCUGGAGUUUGACAUACUCAUCUUCAGCUUCGGACAGCUGCCCUUGGCGCUGAUGACAUGGGUACCCAUGUUCCUGUCCACGCUGCUAGUGCCCUACCAGACCCUGCGGCUGUGGGCCAGGCCGCGCGCAGCGGGCGCCUGGGUGCUGGGGGCCAGCCUGGGCUGCGUUCUGCUGGCUGCCCACGCCGCGGUGCUCUGCGUUCUGCCGGUGCACGUGUCAGUAAAGCAUGAGCUUCCACCCGCCUCGCGCUGCGUGCUUGUCUUUGAGCAGGUCAGAUUCCUGAUGAAAAGCUACUCCUUCCUGAGAGAGACUGUGCCUGGCAUCUGCUGUGUCAGAGGAGGGAAGGGCGUCUGCACCCCGAGUUUCUCCAGCUAUCUCUACUUCCUCUUCUGCCCUACACUUAUCUACAGAGAGACAUACCCCAGGACACCCAGCAUCAGGUGGAACUAUGUGGCCAAGAACUUUGCCCGGGCCCUGGGCUGUUUGCUCUACGCCUGCUUCAUCCUGGGACGUCUCUGUGUCCCUGUCUUUGCCAAUAUGAGCCGGGAACCCUUCAGUACCCGGGCUUUGCUGCUGUCCAUCCUGCAUGCCACAGGGCCAGGCAUCUUCAUGCUGCUCCUCAUCUUCUUCGCCUUCCUGCACUGCUGGCUCAACGCCUUCGCCGAGAUGCUGCGGUUUGGAGACAGGAUGUUUUAUCGGGACUGGUGGAACUCUACUUCCUUCUCUAACUACUACCGCACCUGGAACGUGGUGGUCCAUGACUGGUUGUACAGCUACGUGUAUCAAGAUGGGCUGUGGCUCUUAGGCAGGCAGGCUCGCGGAGUGGCCAUGCUAGGAGUGUUCCUGGUGUCUGCGGUGGUUCAUGAAUACAUCUUCUGCUUCGUCCUGGGGUUCUUCUACCCAGUCAUGCUGAUGCUUUUCCUUGUGGUCGGGGGGCUGCUGAACUUCACCAUGAACGACAGACACACAGGUCCAGCCUGGAAUGUCCUGAUGUGGACCUUACUCUUCCUGGGCCAGGGCAUCCAGGUCAGCCUAUACUGCCAGGAGUGGUACGCUCGGCGGCACUGUCCCUCACCCCAGACAACAUUCUGGGGACUGGUGACACCCCGCUCUUGGUCCUGCCAUCCCUAGGAGUCAAUGCUUCAUGCUGUACAGACGACGGGCAUCAAGCUCUUUUCCACCUUCAAAGCCCAGAGCCAGGGCUCCUCCCUACCUCGUUUGAGUCAAGGACUUGCACAUGGGACCUUACAGGGGCCAUAGGGACUCAGGUACACACCUCUGUGGGCAGCUGACCACAGGCUCAGUGUGGUGUGACUCGAACACCACCCUCUGUGGACUGAGCACAGGUUACCUUCUGACCCACAUGGCUCUCCGAGUGUGCAGAGACUCAGAGGAACAGGGACCACCAAAGUGUGACAGGUUUGGUUCUUUCUACUCCCAGUGCAACAAUAAAAUCUUAGUCUCGGGCUGGAGAGAUGGCUCAGAGGUUAAGAGCACUGACUGCUCUUCCAGAGGUCCUGAGUUCAGUUCCCAGCAACCACAUGGUAGCUCACAACCAUCUGUAAUGGGAUCCGAUGCCCUCUUCUGGUGUGUCUGAAGACAGCUGAAGUGUACUCACAUACAUGAAAUAAAUAAAUCUUCAACAAUAAAAUAA